AUGGACGGGAACGAGAAACAAGGUUUGGCUGUGCUGCUGGACCAGGUCUGUCUGCUCAGCGUUCUCUGGCACUUGGACCUGAUCGAAUAUGGUCGAGUUCUGAUUGAAGAAGGAUUCGAUGACCUCGAGACCUUCUCUAAUGUGGGUAACCAGGACUUAAAGUCCCUUAAGCUGAAGCGUGAUGACGCUAGGAUGAUGGAAGCAUUCAUCACCUCUUGCCGUAACCUUCACAACGUUCUGCCUUUGGAUCCAUCAAGACCACUGGUGACAUGGGGCCACGUCCAGUCCGAAGCUUUCGAGUCUCUGUUGUCGAGCGUACGUGCUGCCGAAAAUCCACGUAGCAAACAGAAGAGUGUUUUAACGCUUCCACCAGCGCUGGACUCUCUCGACACUCUCUCGAGUUUCUUCCGCAGUCAGAAUGGAGGAAGACCAUCGAAGAUCAAGCCAAGAGUCCUCUCUGGGGCUCUAUCAGACAUACCACAAUGCAAGUCCAUCAUCGAAAAGGCUAGGAAGGCUGCCGUCGCCUGGGUCGAGUUGUCAUGUCGGGUUUCAAAAGGCGGGCCGAGUCAUGAGGCAACGACGUACCCACCAGCUCCUAUACAAGGCGGUCACAUCCAUGCCCUGUAUAGACCAUCUGUGAUGCAUGCGGGCUCACCAACAGCAUCUUCUCCGACUUCGGGAACCCCAGUUUGGUCGCCAGAAGCUGGUACAAACCUUUCGUCUCUUAGACAAGCAGACUCAACCGCAAGUGGUGUCGGGAGUAGAUCUGCAUCUAGUGCUAUGUCACCUCAAGAGUUGUAUGCCGAUAGACAAGACAGCAAUAGCAUGGCCUCACCGGGGCUGAAUGUAGCGUCAUACACUGGUCAAUCAUCACCACCUAUGGCCUACAGUCCCUCAAUCGCUAGUGUGACUCAUCUACCAACGUCUCAAACGCAGACGAUUUGGUCGCCUGUGAAUCAGGGGAUAUUCGCCUACGCUGCUCCUCCUGGCACACCUAUGCCACAGCAGGCGUAUAAUUCAACUCUCCAAAACACUCCAGUCACGUACGCACCUGACACGCCCCCUGAGACGUCACAGAACGUGUCCGCUGCUGCAUUCUGGAGCCCAUCCUACGAUGCCUAUCAGUUCACAACCACUCCAUAUGACCCAAAUCGCCCUCCAUACAACCAGCAGGGGGAAAGCUUUGCAGUCUACCCCUGUCGUUGUGUUGCUAUAUGGAGCCGCAGACACCGUGACCGUUUCUUGGACACCGCAUGGACCUUUUCGGCAACACUUGCAGUUCUCGCGCAUUUCUACCUACAUCCUGUGGACGCAACCAGUUCAAAAUGCUUCGACAGCCUUGAGCUGCUGUAUCCCCUACUUCGACUCUUCAGUUUUUUGCCUGUCAUGUCGAUCGUUACUCGCCUCCAAACCUACACCAGCUGGCUAGUCCACGAAUUCGGGCUUUAUACUCUUUACAAUGCAGGCCGCGAUGUCCACAUCAUCAUUGUGCUCCGGAUGAUGCGAGCGUUUUGUUUUGGCACUAUAGGACUCAUUUUCGCCUUGUAUUUCAACGCUCUUGGGGUCUCUGAUGCUCGUAUCGGGCUCUUCAUGACUCUGACUCAGCUCGGCGACGUGGUUCUAUCACUUGUCCUCACCUUCGGUGCAGACAGUCUGGGCCGACGUCGAGCAUUACUACUCGGAGCAAUGCUUAUGGUUGUUGCUGGUGUGAUCUUUGCAGGCACGGAGAACUACUGGUUGAUGCUGGCCGCGGCGAUAGUGGGAGUCAUCAGCCCUGGUGGAAACGAGAUUGGCCCCUUCCGAGCGAUCGAGGAAAGUACUCUGGCACACCUCUGCGAGACGCCAGAACAAAGACCUGAGAUAUUUGUCUGGUAUGUUGUCCUCGCCACUGUGACUGGUGCAGCUGGUCUUGUAGCCGCGGGGUUUAUCGUCGAUAUAUCGAAGAGCUUGGACAAUUGGACGGAAGUUGAUGGCUACAAAAUCCUCUUCUGGAUAUACGCCGGUGUUGGUGUCCUUCAAUGUUUUCUUGCCCUCUUCCUGUCAAAGGACUGCGAAUUUGACGAUCGGGAAACCCCUGACGAUUGCCGCAAACCAACCAGCUCCAUCAACACGGAUGAAAGCACUCCCCUCAUCAACCCACCAAAUGGCCACUCGAUACCCCCAUCCGACCCAGACGUCGAUCAUGAAAAACGCGGCUUCCGAUUGCCGAUCUCACGCAUCUCCCCUUCCACUAUCCCAGUCCUCCUCAAACUCCUUCUGCUCUUCAGCAUUGACUCUCUCGCCUCGGGCAUCAUGCCAUGGUCUCUACUCAACUAUUACCUCGAUCUCAAAUUCCCAAUCUCAAAGUCCACCCUUGGCACACUGAUGUCACUCGCCUGGCUCUCCAGCGCCGUGUGCAACAUAUUCUCUGCCCCACUCGCGCGCCGCAUCGGUCUGAUCCCCACGAUGGUUGCCACACACCUUGCUGCCGCAAUCUUCCUGGGUCUAACCCCCGUGCCACGCAGUCUCAGUUUCACUGUUGCGCUCAUUUUCGUCCGCGCCAGCUUGAAUAGUAUGGAUCAAGCCCCGCGCUCAGCAUUCCUGGCGGCUGUCAUUAAACCGAGUGAGCGCACGCCUGUCAUGGGCACGGUCAAUGUGUUCAAGACGCUGGCUCAGGCGGCAGGACCUAGUCUGACGGGCGCGCUGGCGCAGGAGGGUAGGUUCUGGAUUGCGUUUGUGGUGGCCGGGGCACUGAAGGUGGGGUAUGAUGUUGGGCUCUUGGUGCUUUUCUGGGGCAACAGGAUCGGGGAGAAGGAGAAAGAGGGGGACAGCGAGGAAGAGGUAGAUGGUGACGGUGACGAUAUUGGUGAGGGCGAAGGGCCGGCAAAUUGA